AUGCCUUCCUUCUCUCUUCCCGUGACCACUGUUGGCGACAGCAAUGUCGAUGCUAAUCAGCUCAUUGAUCUUAUUGACGACAGGACAGCUAGUAUCCGUGAUGAAGCGGCUAUACUCGAUCCCGAGUAUUGGCCAUGUGAGGAUUUGGAUGGCAUUCCGGAAGACGACAGCAUCGAGGAUGAUGAUGCUCACCUUCAUCUUCCUCGGAAAUUCCAGUUCGAUGAGAGUGAUAGGCGUCUUCGUCCAUCUUCACCAACGAUGCGUCUACUCAAGGAGUCGAUACGCGAGGACCGGAUUCAACGUUUCCGAAUUCGCAUCCGGAUCAUCAUCCAACAACUCAAACAUCAUGUCCUCGAGUUCUGGCUUCACUACAACGACGCUGACGAUGACCACUUCGGACUCUUCACUCGCGGCUUUGCAACCCUCAUCAGCAAUGCCGAUCCUGACUUUCUCCUCGAGUCUUUUCUGGCCGGCGUUCCAGAGGAGACCAGACUAGUACUGGCUAAGCGCAACUUCACCGUCGACGAUGUCCUCUCGCUGCCUCGACUGCCCAACACCAUACUUAGCGAGAAGGGAGUCUAUGUGAGCAUGACGAAAGGCAGUCCCGAGGAUACGUGGUAUGCAGCAUCCACAUUUCCAAGGCAUUUUCAACUUCGAUUAACAUUCGCUUCUAGGGAAUGGAAGUCUUACGUAGGCUCUGCCUGUGGGAUCCAUGGAAUCCUCCAACGCUGGUACGCCUACAUCGGAGGUCGCAAUCCGGGAGCCCGCAAGGAGACGGGGCGCCACAGCAGGGCCAUCUUCGUCGAGGGCCGUGACAUCAACCUUCGCUGCCUCGCCCACUAUGGACACGAUCCCAUCCCAUGGUUAACCAUCUUCGCCGAGUCGGUCUUUAUGAUAUACCUGGGCACUAUCUCCGAUUCGGGAUUCCGCAGCGACCCUCCUUCGAAAUUCGUGCACGAUGAUCUCUACACAGCUGUCGAUGCCAUUCGUGCAGCAUGUCUACUUGACAGGCCGCUUGCUCCAGGCUUGAACUCGACCUGGUCACUCCUCCAGGGAUGGAGGCGCAGGCACGGAGGCAUACGCACUUGCCAGAACUGCGAUGAUACCUCGGAAGCCCGGACUGCUCGAGGCGUGGGACGAACACGGUUCUACAGCGUGGAUCCCACCCGGCCCGACGGGCUCUCGUUCAAAUGUCAUGCCUGUUACUACUAUUUCAGGAUACAUCGUGUCGACCGGCCUGCCGAACUGUUUUCAAAAGCCCUGACCCGCGAACAAUAUCCAGGCGUGUUUGACGACAAUGGCGACCAGAUAUGCGAGACCGAAGCUUGCGGUGCCAUCAUCUCUAAGAAGGGUGGCAAGAGGCAGUUCGAUUCCUCCUCAAACCGAUGGAUGUGUAAAGGCUGCUACCAAGAAGCCGCUCUCGCCCCUGCCCGCGCCGCCGCUGCUGCUAAUCUUGCUGCUGCUGAAGCUGCUACUAACGACCGUUUCGCCGCUGUCUGCGCCGCUGCCCGCGCCGCUAAUGCUGCUGAGGACGCUCUCGCCCCUGUCCGCGCCGCCGCUGCUGCUGCUGCCGCUGCUGCUGUUGAGGAGAACCGUUUCACCUCCGCCAUGGCCGCCGCUGCUGCUGCCGCCGCUGCUGCUGCUACUGUACCCUCCCUGCCUAACCCCUACGCCUCUCCCUAUCCGUUCGACUCGGGACUGAACGCUGGGCCCAACUUCAAACACACAAUGGGUCACGCAGCCGGUCUCCGCGCGGGUACGCGCUAUGCUUUCUCUCGCGAUUUCAAGAAAAAGGGAAUGAUCCCGCUCUCGACCUACCUCAAGCAGUACAAGGUCGGUGAUAUCGUCGAUGUCGUAGCCAACGGUGCCGUCCAGAAGGGUAUGCCCUACAAGGUCUACCACGGCAAGACCGGUAUCGUCUACAACGUCACCAAGUCCGCCGUCGGUGUCAUCCUCCAGAAGCAAGUCGGCAACCGAUACAUGGAGAAGCGCAUCAACGUCCGCAUCGAACACGUCCGCCACUCCCGCUCACGAGAGGACUUCCUCAAGCGCGUCAAGCUCAACUUCGCCAAGCAACAAAAGGCCAAGGAGACUGGCGAGCCCCAACAGAUGAAGCGCCAGCCCGCACAGCCCCGCGCCGAGCACAUUGUCAGCCUCAAGGAGCAGAAGCCGGAGAACAUCACACCCGUACCUUACGAGACCUACAUCUAG